AUGUGGAUGUCCAUCGGAGGCGUCCUGAGAAACACGAUAGCUGACGUGCCCGGUCGGCCACCGUCAGUGGAGGCCUGUCUCGUUCCUGGUGAUACAACGCCAGCGCCCAAUAUGUCAACGCUGAUGACAUCUACCUCAGCUCCCCAACUGCGGGACCGAGGAUUCAGUUUCUACGAUAUGUCCUUCCUUUGGUUGACAUCUGUGGCCAUGCUGAUUGGAUUUGUGGUGGCCAGCCUUGUCAGUCUCGUGUCAGGUACGCUUAAAUGA